AUGCUUCCGGCUGACGGACAAACAUGCCGAGGCAAAACCAAUGAUGGUUCCCAGUGUCCAUGCCUCCGCCCUAAGCUUAGGAAGGAUCAAAAGGACAACGAGCCUGCAAUAUGUGUAAACUGUGGCCAUUAUGACACAUCACAUCCACAGGAAGUCAUUCCGCAACAGCCACCAACAUCUUCUAGCUUUGGUGUGUCAGAAGACAUUGCCCAUCGAGAGACAAAUGUAGGGUUCCGAAAGCAAGACCUAGCCCUGUCUGCUGCAACAAAUCGCACAGCGAAGGUUGGGGUGCACUCCAGUGGUAGUAAGGAUGUUAUCAAGGUAAAGAUGGCUGCAGCAAACCUCCGAAAGACGGGUAUUGGAUCAAUUGUGAUGGUGACUGUUGGAGUUAAUAGAAAGGGUUGCAUGAAACGAAAGAUCGCACCUGACACAGCCAAGAUCGAAGAGCUACGAAGGCUCAAACUUGCUGUAUCCAAGGGACCUGAUGGCGAUGAUCUGCAGUUUGCGCCAGGCAUGACAAAAAGCGACGUUGAUGGAUAUCUGCGCACUCUCUUCCCUCAUCUCUUUGAUUACCUUGAGAACCACAAUGAUGACAGAAAGAACUCGAACUCGACACUGGCAGGUGCAGAUGGGUUUCGCUGGUAUUUGAUUGUCAAAAGUGGCAAGAAUAUGGUCAAGAGCAGUCAGGAGGGACUCACAGGCAGUGACAUUUUAAGGACUCACCAUUCUGCUGGACGAAAGUGGACUGAUCAGUUCAUUUAUUUCGGUACAAUGCUCGAAGUGGACCCGGAUUCUUUCGAUGAUUCAAUGAGCGAAGUUGUAGAGGCGGAGGACAUAGACACAGUUGGAAGCGAUGAUAUGGAUGAGUCCGAGAAUGAGGCGCCGGUGCUCCCAAAGGGAAAAGGUUUCGCACCCUCUCCUAAUCUUAAAAAUGAACUCGAUCCAGUGGUACCAAGCUAUCAUAGCCAUGGGCAUGAAAGGACAAAAAGGCCGCAAAGAAAGCGCCGCCGAGUCAUCUCUGACCGUCAGAUGGAAUUAGAAGCGUCAGAUUUGGGAAAUACUACACUGGCAGACACAGGUAUAGAAUUGGCACCUGUCAUGUUAGACGUUCCUGCAGCAAUGUCCACUUUGAAGAAUUUGGAUGGCGACAAGAGGAGCAGUGUGGCACAAAUUGAUGUGACACAACUGGAAUCAGAGCCUGGGAUGUUGGGAGAUGUUGGUUUGAUCCCACCAGCUGAAGACAAACCAACUUUGAACAUGCCACUGGAUGACUCAGAAUCAAGCACACUGCCUGCCAGUGUCACACCAGCGGACGAAUACUACAAUGAUUACUACACUGAUCAUACUAUUGGCUUUGGUACUCCCAGGGAAUAUAUGCUAGUACCCUCCGCAUCCGAGUCCAGCAGUACCUCGACAACUAUGAGUACUGCCAGUGCUUCCAUCUCAGUUUUUUCGACUCAUGCAGCGCAUGGGCCUGGGGAUCUUGGUUCCAGCCAUCCACGGAAUCUGCAGGCACUGGGCAACGUACCCUGA